AUCAAUUAUUUCAUAGAACAAAAUGGGAGAAACUGGUGAUAAAGAAACAAAUUUGAAACAAUCUGCAACAGUAGAAUCAAAUGAAACUGAUCAAUUACUAAAUAAUGAUGAAAUACAUAAAUCGAUUUCACUUGAUAAAAAAAAUGAAGCUUUGGUACAACAAAUAGAAAAUGAAGAGAUUGUUAGUGAAGAGAUUGACGAAAAAACUGACGCAUGUGAACCAAAGACAAAGUUGAGGGUUGCGGAACGAGAGGUGAAACCGAAAAAGAUACCUGUAGGAGGCAUCAAAAUACCAGGUUUUUUUACUAAGAGCAAGGAUAAAAAUAAAACCGAUGAGAUUGGUACCGAAAAUGAAUUAUUAUCUAAAGACAUACAAAGAAAUAUCGGUAGUGACUGCACAGAAGUAAGAAAAAAAUGUUUUUUUGAUAAUAUCAAAUAUAGAUUUGACAACAUGUUCACAAAAAAUGCGAAAAACAGUGAAACUAAUGAAAACAAAUUAGACGUAGAAAAAAUUGGAGAAGAAAACAAAUUAAAUGAUUCUAAGAGCAAGCAAAGUUUAUUGGAAACAAUGAAGCUUUCUACCUUGGGAAAUUUAAUACCAAAAAGACUGAAAAAAUCAAACCAAAAUGAUAUCGAAUUAGGGGACGGGCUAAACAACAAAGCUGGACUUGCUUCUAUGGAAACAUUAGACGAUUCGCAAAAGGAUAACAGUAACGGUGAUGCAUUGAACAAGGAUACCAAUAUAUCUUGCGCUAAAGACGGAAGGAAAAUGGAUACAAUUAUGUUGAAGGAAGCGGAAAAGGCAGCUGAAGCAGAGCAAGAUAGACCAAAACGAACAGUUCUCGAACGAGUCCAAAAUUAUCGAUGCUCAAUGGAUGAUCUUGCCAUCGUAGGUGGAAUUUUAUUGUUUCUCUCAUUAGUUAUGUUCAUCCUUAUUUUCGCGUUGUCUGGAAAACUGGCAAGUAAAGCUGCACCAAUUAGAGAUGGAAAGUACGUUGAGGCCGUCACUGGUUGUGGUAAUGUAGAAGGCUUGCUGGAAGAUAGUUCAUUUGCUUUCCGCGGGAUACCGUAUGCUAUUCCUCCUUUGUUAGAUAAUAGGUGGCGCCAUGCUGAGCUUAUUGAUAAUAUAGAUUACUGCUGGAAUGGAACAUUCAAGGCUCACAAUGCAACGCCAACUUGUUGGCAAAUAUAUUCAAACAAUUCAUUGGAUGGUAUCGAAGACUGUUUAACAUUAGAUAUAAUCACUCCCCAUGUUCGUUAUGAUAACCCACUUCCGGUGAUAGUCCUUAUUGGAGCAGAUUCAUAUACGGGAGACUCUCCGGGAAAGUUGAGGCCAUCUGCCCGAUAUGCAAGGGCACGUGAUGUAGUAUUUGUAAGACCAAACUUCCGACUUGGUAUUUUUGGAUUUUUAUCUUUAAAACAAUUAUCUGAAAGUACCCAUCCACCAACUUCCGGAAACUACGCUUUGUCUGAUAUAAUAGUGGCACUUAAAUGGAUUUCAAUGAAUAUUGUCCAUUUUGGGGGUGAUCCAAACUCGGUUACUUUAUUUGGUUAUAAGACGGGUGCUACUUUAGUAACUGCAUUGAUGUCUUCAAAUAAGACUAAAGGAUUGUAUAACCGUGUUUGGAUUUCAUCAGGUGCUGUCAAAUUUCCUGGUAAAUCUUUGUCAGAGAGCGAAAAAGACAAUGCUCAGUACCUCAAUAAGAUAAACUGCUCGGAUACUGAAUGUCUCCGAAGAAAAGAUGACGAAGAUCUACUUGAAGCAACACCUGAUGAAUGGCGAUACGUCGCUACGGACCUGCCUUUUCCCUCUGAAUCUGUUGAUUCUCAGCAUGAGUGGCUUGUUUUGGAUGGUGAUAUCUUAUCUCAACAUCCAUCUGAUGUUUGGAAAUCAUCAGAUUUUCGUCAACCGAAAGUUGUUAUAGGAACUACCAUUCACGAGAGCCAUUCAAAUACUCUUUUUGAAAAAUAUACAAAUUGGACUUCUGCUCAAGUACGAAAACAUGUUGCAGAAAGUCAAAUAGGAGCAAAAGGUUUAACAGAAGAGGUUUUUAAACGAUACAAUGAUACGUACCAAGGUCUUGUUUCAAUUAUUUCUGAUAUUCGUACUGUUUGUCCAUUACUACAACUUCAUCGUGCCCUUCCCCAAUCAACCUUUUAUGUAGUUACUCAAACUGGAGGACCAAUUAAUAUAGCUGAUGAUAAGGCUGAUAUUGAAGCUAUUUUGGGUCGAUACGAGCCAAUUACUGUAGAGCAACGGCGUUAUAUGUCAAGUAUUCAGCAAGUAUUUUAUUACUUUGUAUCUCAUGGUUCUGUACCCCAAACUGACGGUCGCAAAAAAAUAUUAGACAUAGGACAAGAUCCAUUAUUAAAAGAAAAUUGGGCUGUAUGUGACUUUUGGAUUGCAAAUGACUUUGUUCCAAGAUAUGCUAAAAUAGGAUAAAUGGUAAAAGGUAUUUGUGUAUCGUAUUUAUUACCUUUAUAAAUUACAUUAAACAUAUAAGACUAUCGAAAUAAGCAACAAAAAUAUAAAUAUAUUUAUGAUAUUUUAAAACGUAUUACAUUUUUUUUCAUUUUUUCGCCACUCUAAAUGAAAAUCAAAAACAAAGUCCAAAAUUAAAAAAAAAAAAACAAAAGGAACAAAAUAAAAAAUGUUUAGAAAUACUAUUUUCAUACAAAAUGACAUAAUUUAAACAAUUUUCGAACGUUAA